AUGUUUACCCUGCGUCUAUCCGUCCUAGGCUUCGGUGUCUUGGUUGCGGCAAUCCCAGACCAAGAUAUUAUUAUCAGCUACGGGGAGAUCAUUCAAAAUAGCAUAUAUGAGCUCGAGGGCAGCGCCGAGCAAGUCUUUCCUUCGGCCCUAGCCAGCGGUCGCCAGAAAGGAAUAUAUUCCCCCACCCCCGAGGGCAGAAUAUCAGAGCAAAGGGAAUAG